CCAAUGAAAUGACAGGUUCAGAGUCUGACAAAUCUUCAGAUAUGCACAUUAUGCGUCUCUGAACACCAUUUUUUGGACUCUAUUGGUGAAGGUGCUUGAGAAAAAACAUGCUCUUCCCCAGACUCAUCUGUAUGCUUUUACUAGUUGUGUUGGUCAAUGCUGCAGAACAAAGCGCUUCUGACAAAAGUUGUGUUUGUGGUCACCCCGGCAUUCCUGGAGACCCGGGACACAAUGGAAUGCCAGGUCGUGAUGGCAGAGAUGGGGCCAGAGGUGACAAAGGAGAUAGAGGUGAUAUAGGAACAUGCGGUGAUGUUGGUAAACCGGGGCUGAAAGGAGAUAAAGGAGAUUCUGGGAUUACUGGCAUAGCUGGUCCAAAGGGCAAACGUGGAGAUACUGGAGAACGGGGCCCACCUGGCAAAAUGGGACCCCAAGGCUUCGCAGGGCCACUGGGAUUGAAAGGUCAGAAGGGAGAACUUGGUAUUCCAGGACCACAAGGCAUAAAAGGAGAUGUCGGUCCAGUUGGCCCUGAAGGACCACAAGGAGACAUCGGCAUUAAAGGAGACAAGGGCAUACAGGGUCCUUUGGGGCCUCCAGGACGACCAGGCCCAAAAGGUGAGAUCGGACAACCAGGUAAUAAAGGCAGCAUUGGUGUUCGUGGUGAAAGGGGCUCAAAAGGAGACAUCGGAGAGCAAGGUCCAAAAGGGGACAUGCCAGAGAUACCAAAAAGUGCUUUCUCAGCUAGAUUGAGUGACAGCACCAAAUUACCAGCUGCUAAUGCUCCAAUUCGAUUUGAUAGAGUCCUCUAUAACAGUCAAGGUCACUACGAUCCUGAAACAGGGCGCUUCACGUGUGCCAUCAGGGGAGCAUAUUUUUUCACCUACCAUAUCACUGUCUUCUCUCGUAAUGUGAAAGUGGUGCUGAUGAAGAACGGUCAGCGAGUCAUCUACACUAUGGAUAGCUACCAAGGUGGUGAGGACCAGGCUUCUGGCGGGACCGUCCUGGAACUGGAAGUAGGCGACAAAGUGUGGUUGCAAGUGGCUGAUAGACAGCUAUACAACGGGUUGUAUGCAGAUGAUGACGAUGAUACAGUUUUUUCCGGAUUUCUUCUUUUCGCAAGCUAAAGAUGCUGCCUGAAGGGGUGCAGAAAGAUAACAUUUAACACUUUAACAAUAACAGUACAUGAAUAAUGAUGUAUUAAUAUGCAAACUAAGAAACAAAAAUGUGCACACAUCUAGGAUUCUCAAAGGCAGGUGCUCGAUCAAAAACAAACACAGUGGCAAAAGAUCAGAAGAAAAUCGGCACACUGCCACUUUAGCUCUCCAAAAAAAUUUUAUGUAACAUUUCAACCUACAUGGUCUUCAUCAGGUGAAGCUAAGUCAACCUGAUGAAGGUCAACCUGAUGAAGACCAUUUAGAUCGAAACGUUGUUACAUAUAAACAUUUUGAGAGCUAAAGUGGCAGUGUGCCGAUUAUCUUCUGAUCUUUUGCCACUUUAUGCAAACUAAACAUUAUUAUGAAUUGAUGAUGAGUUAACAUGAGUUCAUGUGUGAAUAGCAGCUACCUUAAUUACUUGUUAGUACAUGUUGUUAAUUAAUGUAUUAAUUAACAUUUAAGUUUAAGCUAAAUAUAUGAACUCAUGAGCUGUUAAUGUAUAAUUAUGUCAUGACUUUACUUGGAGGGGCACUUCACCAUUUCCUUAUCCUUAACUAAUCCUGAACUCCUUUGUUUAUACUGUUCAUGUUGACGUUGACAGAACACUUUUUAUUGUUAUUCAUAGGGUUGUCACGAUACUGGAAUUCGAUACCAAUCGAUAAAUUUUUUUUAAAACCGUCCAUUUCUCGUGAACAUUUA